UUCGCGUAGGUUUGUUUACAUCGGCCACUGAAGAAUCCACGUGGAUUAAAUGGUGAGCCGAUAAUUUGCUUUAGUGAAAAGACUGAACAAUGUCACUGAGAUGCUGUCAGAGGAUGGUUUUGAGACUUUAUGGUGGGACUCAUUUCAAUGUAAAGACCUGCAUGUGUUUGAGCACCACAAAGAGAGACUACUGCACCGCAGGAGCCAAUCACAGCCACAGGAGGGUCGUCAUCACCGGCAUUGGACUCAUUUCUCCUCUCGGAACGGGAAGUGCACUACCAUGGCAGCGUCUGAUUGGUGGAGAGAGUGGUUUAGUUGCUUUGGAUGCUGACGAGUAUAAAACCGUACCUUGUAAGGUGGCAGCUCGUGUUCCGAGAGGAGAUAAAGAUGGAGAAUUUAAAGAGGAAGCGUUUGCAUCCAGAACGGAGAUUAAUAGUAUGUCGCCAGCCACCGUUAUGGCCGUAGCUGCUGCCCACCUGGCGCUAGAGGAUUGUGGGUGGUAUCCCAGCACCCCUGAAGAGCAGGUCUGCACCGGUGUGGCGAUUGGCAUGGGGAUGGUGUCGCUGGACGAGAUCGCUCGCACAGCCGCUGUGUUUGAAACACGCGGGUACAGCAAAGUCAGCCCGUUCUUCGUGCCACGCAUCCUGGUCAACAUGGCGGCCGGGCACAUAAGCAUCAAACACAAACUUAAGGGGCCUAAUCACGCUGUAUCCACCGCAUGUACCACCGGAGCUCAUGCUAUCGGUGACGCAGCCCGUUUCAUCGCUCACGGCGAUGCUGCGGUGAUGCUCGCGGGUGGAACCGAGGCCUGCAUCAGCCCGCUUGCUAUAGCAGGGUUUGCUCGGGCUCGGGCCCUCAGCACCAGCUGGAACCAGGAGCCCAGGCUGGCCUCACGCCCAUUCCACCCAGAAAGAGAGGGGUUUGUGAUGGGUGAAGGGGCGGCAGUGCUUGUUUUAGAGGAAUAUGGGCAUGCCAAGCAAAGAGGUGCCCGUGUGUACGCUGAAGUGUUGGGAUAUGGGCUCUCAGGAGAUGCCAGUCACAUAACCGCGCCAACCGCAGAUGGGGACGGAGCAUUCAGGUGCAUGUCGGCUGCGAUCCGAGAUGCGGGAAUAUCCCCCUCAGACGUGACGUAUAUCAACGCUCAUGCCACCUCCACACCACUAGGUGACGCUGCAGAGAACACGGCCAUUAAAAGACUGUUUGAGGAGCAUGCAUACUCGCUGGCGGUGUCAUCUACUAAGGGUGCCACAGGUCAUCUCCUGGGAGCCGCAGGUGCGCUGGAGGCAUCGUUCACAGCGCUGGCGUGUUACCAUGGCAACCUGCCUCCGACCCUGAAUCUGGACCGAACUAAGCCAGAGUUUGACUUGAAUUAUGUUCCCUGCACUGCGCAGACCUGGAACACUAGCUGCCGGAGAAUCGCUCUUACCAACUCGUUUGGGUUCGGAGGAACAAAUGCAUCUCUGUGUCUUGCAAAUGUGUAAGAUGAUAUCGUUGUUAAUAAAUAGUGUUGUUUAUCAAUCCCUCUGGUGUGUCAAUAUGGGAUAGCAUUGAUUUGAUAUUAGUUUUAAUGCACUGAUGGCUUUUGACAACCAAGAUGCAUAGACUUAAUUUACAUUGUUUGUUAGCAAAGGCAAUGUUUGCUAGCAUACUGCUCGAUGCAUACGGUGUAGUAGGUAGUAUACUGCCUGCUAUUUUUAAAAAAAGGUUACAUUAUUAACUAUUCAUACAUGUAAUUAAGGAAUCCAUCUGGAAAUAUGUAGGUUAGCUUUUUUUUGU